GCAAUGUGAACCGAUCCGUAUGGCAUUUGACAUUCACUUCAGCAGUUUUCGAAAUGUCACAGACGCCGCAUCAUUCAUUCCGAGAAAACAUACAGCGUUGUGAACACGAAGUCAACAAAUUGAAACUCUUACAUUUUAUCUUACAAUUUAAACUGGAAAUUUACAUUGCAAUUUAAUUUAUCUACGAUUUUGCUGGUAUUUCAUUUCGUUUUAUUUUCGAUUUACGUGCGUUUUGUAUCGAUUUGAUCCGGAGUUCACAUUGAAUUCAAGUCGCCAAAGUUAGGACAAUGGCGAAUCGUUUCAAGCCAUCAAUACCAGCGGAGGGAGAGACGAAAGAUGAAAUUACGACGAUCAAAUGUGCGCUAAAGACAAUCAUUCGCCCACAAUACCAGCAAGCAUUGAUGAGCAAAAUAACGGAUCUGAGUUUGCAAGCCACUUCCAUUUGUGUUUUGGGCUCAUUGCUGUUCUUGUUUGAGGUGCAAAAGGCGUUCGAAUAUAGGCGUCGAGAACAAUAAUUUCGCAUUGUUUGGUGGAAGUGGAGAAGAUAAGAUCAAACUCUGCUUUGAACAAGUGCUAUGGCACAACAAUCAGCCACCAAAACCGAAGUCAAGGUAUAAACCAAGCGGAACAAAGCCACGAGGACCACGAGCAGAGCUGCCACGUAUCGAUCCUGAAUUCAAGGCAAUUGUCGAAGGUCUUGACGACUAUCAUCGUAUCGAUUGGCCCAACAACAAAGAUUUCGGCAAUGGCCUCAAGCAUUUGACCAAUCAGUACACAGAUAACGUCGUCACCAAUCUUGAAACGCAUGCUAACAAACACAUCACCCAGUACUUGAAACUGAAGGUUUUCCAAUGGAACUCAGACGUAGGAGAUGAUGCAGAGAAAUUUUUGCCAAGUGACAUCGCAAGUGUUGUGAAUCUGAUCAUCAAACAAAAAGACAUCAAAGUGCCAAGUCGCGAUCCAAACAAACUCGAACGGUGUAGCGUGUUGUAUGACAUGGUGAACGACCUGAAUGUGUUCCCAGAUAUCGAUCUGCAUGACCUUACAACUGACCCAAAACAUUGGUAUAAGGCCAUGCCAAUGUACCUAUCCAUGCAGCGCGAGAUAGAAGAGUACAAUUCGGAGUGGCCACAUCAGCGCCGACCCAAACGCAAGAAGAGAAAGCGAAAAAAGACAAAAGGAAAAUGGAAACGCAAGCGCAGCCAAAUGCUCGACAACCCAGAUUUUCGGCCAUUGAUUCGAAAUUUAGUAGUGGUGCCGAUGUGUGAUUUCCGGCGUACGCACUUCAGAAUCGAUUGUUCAUCCAUGCACCAGGUGUUGUCUUCGCAAAAAUUGCUACCGAAAGUGGAAAUCGAGAAUAAAAAAGGAACAACAAGCACGAAAACGAUUCAACAAAAGGAUUUCAAUCAUUCGAGAGAUUAUUGGUGGAAUCAGUAUUUUUACUUGCGAAAAAUUCGACGAUUCGUGCGUGCCAAAAAGCAGUUUGACUAUUCCAUAAACACCGAUGGAAUCUCUGUGUCUCUCCAGUACUCGGCCAAAAAGAAGACAGCCAACAAAGAAAUCGACCAAAAAUCUCGCAUCAUUCAGAAGAUUGAGGAUGGCACAAUCAAAAAUUUUUCGGGCGUUGAUACAGGUGUGCGAAGUUGGAAUACCACAACAACACACGACAUUGAAACUGGCAAAGAAACCAACUUUGUAAUGUCGAGCAAGCAAUUCCACUGGCAAACAGGUCAAAAGGUGCGAAAUGCCAAAGCAAAGCGAUGGACCAAAAAUUUCGUCGAAAUGGAGCGCGCAGACAGAGAAAAUCGUGAUCUGUAUCCAGUGAUGCCGUCGCCAAAAGGGUCAAUGUGGCUGAACUACAUCAAACACCGAGUCAAGAUGAUGAAGCAUGGAAUCUGCGCUUACUCGACUGCCAAAUACACUCGACUCGCCUUGGACAAACACAUCAAGAGCAGUAGUGUUGUCGACGAAUGGGUGAAUAAGGUGACCGAUAAGAAACCGACUCUGUUCUUCUUUGGUGCUGAUGGCGAAAUACCACCUGAUAGCCCAAUAAGUAUCAAGAAGCACGUGCGGUGCCCAGGGGUGCGUAAGACUUUGAGGUCAAUAAAGAAGCGCCGAGAUUGUUUCAUACAAUUGGUGGACGAAUGGGGAACAUCUCAAACCGACGCAAGAUGUAUGAAUCGAUUCCAAAACCAGAACAAAGCGGCCAGAUUCAAGAAAUGCCGAUGCGUACCCGACGCCAGAACAUUGCUGCCAACGAAAAUUGUGUCAAAGUUGGGCAAAACGGAUCUAUCGAUCUACCGACAGUUGCAACGCGCCAUGAACGAAGAAGCAUUGGUAGGAGACGAGCGUUUAUUCCCAAAAGUAAAAUGUUACUACAAAAACUGGCGAUUAAACCUCGAAUGCUCUGUGAUUUGGCAUCGUGACGUCGUGGCUGCUAAGAACAUUCUACUGAAAGGACUAUGGACAUUACUGGGACUUCCGAUACCAGAGGCGAUCAAUAGGUAUUGGCGCGAAGCUGCUGAAGCAGCCGCUGCUGUUGCCGCUGCUGCUGCCGCUAGAGCAACCGCUGAAGCAGCCGCUGCUGCUGCCGCCAUCGUGGAUAAUGAUGUAGAAAUGUUCGAGUACGACCAGCAGCCAGCUGAUCAUGCUGUCUAAUCAGCACAUUGCAAACAAAAAAAAAAACAAAUGUAACAUUAGUUAUUAAAGGCUAUCCCGAUCAUGUGGGAUAGUUGCGUUGAAGCAAGUUGACUCCCCAUCUGGUUGAUGUUAACUGCGCAGGAGUACUCUAGUGGGUCGUUUAGAUUAGCUGAACACCCUAUGGUACACUCAUUGCGUAAUCUAAAAAUAAACGCUAAGAAAUAUCCAAAUAAUUAAACGAAAAAAAUGCGUGAAUCGGCUUAAAAGUUUACAUCAUGAUAACUGUUUGGCGAUGCGGGGCCUGGAAUUAUAUCAUUGAUACUCUUGCAGAAAGAUUUUAAAAUUGCAAGGGUGCAGAUCUCGCCAAAAAGUCGAGCGAACUUUAUAUAAUCAUCGUAACGAAAUAGCUCAAAAUUUUUAGUCCUUUUGACCCAAUCCCCGAAUUUAUUAACAUUAUUUACAUCUUCCAUCGCAGAUGGUGCGUGUGGGCGGUAAUGUUUCAUAAUUAUAGGUGGUGUCAUCGCAUGCUGCAAAAGAAUAUUGUUACAAAAAGCAUAUUUUGGUUACAGAUUUUGUAAUUGGAAUAUUUUCAAUUUUAUUUGAAAUACCAAAAAUGCAAUCUUCUCAUUAUAUUCGGGACGUUCGCUCAACAUAACAAAUGCACUCGUAACACCUUGACUAUGACCGAUGUAAAUCAAUUGUUUUUGUCCGGUUUGCAUCAGCACAUAAUCAAUCAUCGCUGGUAGAUCAAAAAAGCCAAUCUCAUGCCAACUGAACUCCCAAAAUUGUUCUUCGUCUGGAUUCAAUUUUGUGUGAUUUCGUGAAAAAGAGUUGCCUCUCGCGUUUGCUAUCCAAACUGGCCAAUGGAUUGAACCAAUGAAUACCAAUACAAUUUAUUAAUUCCAUUUGAUUAUGUAUUAUUUCGUUUAUAAUAAGUUUUACCAUCGUAUCCCCGUUUUUGAAAGAAAUAUCCUGUUAUUAUUUUUAAAAAAAUUAUAUAUAAAAAUAAAAUUUUGUACGAAAAAGAAAAAAA